CUGCCGUCACGAACUGUUGACUGAAGUUAUCGCCAAACAAUGGCUCCUCGUUCUGUGAGCAAUGCUGUGAAGGUGCUGUUUGUGCUUGUCGUCAUUAUGGUCACCACUUCAGAUGGGAAGAACAGCGGCUCACUCUGUCAACUGAGGAAGAACUGUACUCUACUGGAACGUUUGAAGGACCAGGACUUGGGUUCCAAGUGGCGCAUCUGUCACCUUGCAACCCAGGCUCUACUGUUACCUGACGACAGCGAUUGUGAGAAACCAGCCCUUGUAGACACCAUAAAACUUCCAGAGACUCUACCGGAAACCUUGUGUCAACUGAGGCAAAAUUGCGCUUUGAUGGCGCUCUCGGUGACCCCACAAGACCCACAUUACGAGACCAUGAAAGGCGUCUGUCAACUGGCACAGAAGGAGCUGAACGUCUUUGACAACAUCAUCUGCCAUCCUGUCGGGAUACCAAGAAAGCAGAGUCAAUGUGGAUCAGAGGAAGGCACGAAUAGGGAACUCACAAAUGUUCCAGAAGGCCAAAGAACAGAGUUAAGUACGGAGUAUUACUUUGAUGACUGUUCAGAGAUCUAUGCCGCCCAGACCAUGUUCGGCUCUGUCAGUAGCGGCGUGUACAACAUUAAACCUACUGACUCGGACUCUUUCUCUGUGUACUGUGACAUGACCACAGACGGGGGAGGCUGGACUGUUAUACAGAAUAGAUUUGACGGAACUCUUCACUUUAACAGAAUGUUCAACGAUUACAAGUACGGGUUUGGGUCCGCUAGCGGGGAAUAUUGGCUGGGGUUGCAAAACAUGUACAGGAUAACUGAUCAGAAUAGUUACGAACUGUAUGUAGAACUUGUGGACUGGUCUGACAAUGUCAGGUAUGCUAAAUACUCGUCCUUUGGAGUUGGAGCAGACUAUUAUCGACUUAGCCUUGGUAGUUACAGUGGGAACGCAGGAGACAGUCUUGAAUACUCGAAUGGCGAGAAGUUUAGUGCGAGAGACCGUGAUCAGGAUUCCCACAGUUCUAUUAAUUGUGCAACCUACAGUAACUUUGCCGGGGGAUGGUGGUACAAAGAUUGUGCCAACAGUGGCCUGAAUGGUCCCUACCUCCGGCCUUCCGACCGUACCUCGUACAGUGGCUUUGGUAUUCGCUGGGGCAAGUUUUCACCCGCCAACUACUGCAAUUACCUCAAAAAGUCCAAAAUGAUGAUCCGCCCUACCGACUUCGGCACCGGAAAAUAA